ACAAAGCAGAGGGCUGGGGAAUCACCAUGGAUGAGAACAAACGGAUUCAAAUGUCUUUAUUUCUCAUUCUGCUGCUUCAGCUUACAGCAGUAACCGGACUGCCAUACCUCUUCCGCACUGUCAGAGAUGGAGAUGAAGUCACUUUGCCUUGUGCCAAUGUGAUGGAUCAUCAGGAUAAAUGUGACGGUACUGACUGGCUCUUCACUGAACCAGGACGCACAGCAGUAGUAAAGCUGGUUGACCGUGGGCAGAUUGGUAAACAAGCCAAGGCUAAAUCACACAGACUGAGUGCUGCAGAGAAUUGCUCUCUGAUUAUAAAGAAGGUCACAGUGGAGGAUCCUGGUCAAUAUUCAUGUAGACAGGUCCGAUUGGGGGGACAACAAAGCGAAGACGCUGUGGUUUUCCUGUCUGUUGUUACCAUGACUGACCAUCAGAGCAAUGAUGAGGUGACGUUACGCUGCUCUGUCAAGACUAAUGGAUGGUGCAGACACAAAGUGAAGUGGCUGUUUCAGGGUCAGGAUGUGGAUAAAGAUCUCAAAGAUAUGAAGAUAUCAGACUCUCACUACGAGGCCUCUUGGACAUUCAACACCUCUCAUGGUGGUUACAAACCAGAGUUUCAUUUAUUUACGUGUAAAGUAACUGAUGCUUACACAGGAGAAUUUUCGCUGUUUCCCUUCAGCGCUCAGUCCUCAGUCUCCCUUUUUCCAGAUCUCUUGAGGCUCAUCGUGGUGUCUGUGGGUUUAGCAGCUCUCCUCAUGAUUACUGUGGCGGUCAACAUAUGGACAAGAACUAAAGAAAAGAAAACCCAGACAUGAAAUCACUGAGCGUUAUGAUGCAGAUGGUAUGGUGAUCUACGAAGAAAUCAGAUCUCCUGAUGGAGUUUGAGCAACACCUCUGCCUCCAUCAGACUCCACUGAUCAACAACGUCUACAUCUAUCAUCAUGUUUCACUUCAGGAAGAUCUCAAAUUCAUCUGAGUUACUUAUUGUUUUGUUUUAGCAGCUGGAAUGUAACUUCCUUUAACAGGAAAGAGCAUUUUACUCUCUUUUUUCUUUACUUCCUUGCAUUACUGAUUGUUUUUGAAGAUACAGCAGCUUGAGCUCAUUUCAAUAUCUCUAUCGGAGUCAUUUAAACCACCUCUCAUGUAGCUUGGCUGUGUGGGGAUGUGCAUGUGUUGGAAUGUGUUUUCACCCUUAAUGAAGUCAGAAACAGUCUUUACUUGAUAACAUGUGAUGAACAUAUAAUCUGCAGUGAAA